CAGAUCUCUCUCAUUUGCAGAGCCACAGCAGAAGAAACUUUCUAGGUUUUUUUUUUUUUACUUUCAAUACAGAGCAAUGGCGGCGAGAGGUGCUUUGCUUAGAUACCUAAGAGUCAACGUGAAUCCAACAAUUCAAAACCGUAGAGAACGUGCGCUCCCUUUCACCGCUAUUCUCCGCCGUUUCUCGGAGGAAGUGAGAGGCUCUUUCCUUGACAAAUCUGAGGUCACAGAUCGCGUUCUCUCCGUCGUCAAAAACUUCCAAAAAGUCGAUCCUUCUAAGGUUUCCCCAAAAUCCCAUUUCCAAAACGAUCUCGGGUUGGACAGUUUGGACACUGUGGAAGUUGUGAUGGCAUUGGAGGAGGAAUUUGGGUUUGAGAUCCCUGAUACUGACGCAGACAAGAUCCAUUCCAUCAAUCUAGCCGUUGACUUUAUUGCAUCUCAUCCUCAGGCUAAGUGAAAAGAGAAAAUCAAAGUCCUCUGCGUGUUCAUGGUAUGCCGCAGCUGUGUCCACAGAUUUGGUUAAGCCUAAUAAGAAGUAAAGAAGCAAACAAGAUUUUCUUUUUGCCAUGAGAAUGCAUAAGCUUUUGCUUUUUUGGCUCUACUACUCUUGGUUUCAUAAGUAUUAGAUGUGUUUCCGCAUGAUUUACGAGGUCGUUCAAGGAACUUUGAUGUUCUUGAUAUGUCUUAUUAGAUUAUAUGCAUCAGACAUAUUUGCUCCACUUUAUAAACGAGAUUCCACCAAGUA